ACUGAGGCUUCUCCGAGAUCACUUUACUUACUCCCUCUACGUCAACAUCUGCCGCUCGCUCUUUGAAAAAGACAAGCUGCUCUUCUCCUUCUGCCUGAAUGUAAAUCUUCUGAAGCACGAUAAAUUGGAUCCUCACCAUGAGGAAUUUCCUGAGGAGUGGCAAAAUAAACUGGAAGGGUUCCAGAGGAUGCUAAUCAUUCGUUGUCUCAGACCUGACAAGAUUAUUCCCAUGGUGCAAGAAUUUAUCAUUAACAACUUGGGCCGUCUGUUUAUUGAGCCUCCUCCUUUUGACUUAAACAAAGCAUUUGGGGAUAGCCACUGCUGUGCGGCCCUAAUUUUUGUGUUGUCUCCGGGGGCAGAUCCCAUGGCGGCUCUUCUCAAAUUUGCCGAUGACCAGGGCUUUGGUGCAUCAAAACUCAGCUCUCUGUCCCUGGGCCAAGGCCAAGGCCCCAUUGCUAUGCGCAUGAUUGAGAAGGCAGUAAAAGAGGGAAGUUGGGUAGUUCUGCAGAACUGCCACUUGGCAACCUCAUGGAUGCCCACGCUGGAAAAAGUCUGUGAGGAACUGAAUCCAGAUACAACACACCCAGAUUUCCGUAUGUGGCUCACAAGCUACCCGUCACCCAACUUCCCUGUUUCUGUGCUUCAGAAUGGGGUGAAGAUGACCAACGAAGCCCCUAAAGGUCUACGGGCAAACGUGAUCAGGUCAUAUCUAAUGGAUCCCAUCUCAGAUGUGGAGUUUUUUAACAGCUGCAAAAAGCCUGCUGAAUUCAAGAAGCUCCUGUACGGCCUCUGCUUCUUUCAUGCCCUGGCCCAAGAGAGACGGAAAUUUGGGCCGUUGGGUUGGAACAUUCCUUACGAGUUUAAUGAAACCGACUUGCGGAUCAGCGUGCAGCAGUUGAAUAUGUUCAUAAAUCAGUAUGAGGAGUUGCCGUUUGAUGCUAUCCGCUACAUGACGGGUGAAUGUAAUUAUGGAGGCAGAGUUACUGAUGACUGGGAUCGGCGUACAUUGCGCAGCAUUCUAAACAAGUUCUAUAAUCCGGUUAUCGUCAUGGAUCCCAACUAUAAAUUUGAUACCAGUGGCAUUUACUAUGCUCCUCCUGAAGGAGAGUAUCAAAGUUACAUUGAAUACACCAAGACUCUUCCUCUGAAUCCUGCCCCAGAGAUCUUUGGGAUGAACUCCAAUGCUGAUAUCACCAAGGAUCAAGCUGAAACGCAGUUGCUAUUUGAUAAUAUUCUUCUCACACAGGGUUUAGUGGUGAUGUCUGCAGAACUGGAAGAAGUAGUAAAUAGUAUUUUGAAAGGAAAAAUUCCAGGCAUGUGGAUGAGUAAGUCUUAUCCAAGCCUCAAACCUCUUGGCAGCUAUGUAAAUGAUUUUCUUGCCAGAUUGAAGUUCCUACAGGAGUCUAUGUUCAUGGAUUAUUCUUGGAUGGAGCUCGUUGGAACAGGAAGACGAAGAAAUUAGGGGAAUCUUACCCCAAAAUCCUUUAUGAUAAUAUGCCAGUGAUGUGGCUUAAGCCUUGCCGAAGAUCAGACAUCCCCAACAGACCCAGUUAUUUGUCUCCGGUAUACAAGACAAGCGAAAGACGAGGAACUUUGUCCACUACGGGCCACUCUACCAAUUUUGUGAUUGCAAUGAUUCUGCCUUCAGACAUGCCAGAGGAACACUGGAUUGGGCGAGGGGUGGCCCUGUUAUGCCAGCUCAACUCCUAACCUAAGGCAUGCCGCCGGGAAGAGAGAGGCUAAUGGCCCAGCCUGCCACAUUCAGUAUCCUUUUUUUUGUAUCUUUUUUUUUUCUAAAGAAAUUCAAAUGUUUCAAAAAUUUUAAAUACGCUUUAUUUGCAUCUUUUAAGUUGUAAAAAAAAAAAAUUAGAAUAAGUUGAAUGAAAUAAUAAUAAAAAGUUCUUGGGGGUAAAAAGCAAGUCUGCAUAAUUGUUUAUUCAAUAAUUUUAUUUUCUUACGUUCCUUGUGAACAAGGAACAGACAUAAACACAACACUGUUGACAAUGGACAAAAAAAAACAGCAUUUCAUCAUUUCCAGCUUUAUAUAUAUAUAUAUAUAUAUAUUUAUAUUUAUAUAUAUUUUAAAAAUGGAUUUUGUUGUAACAAAUCAAAACAACACCCUACCCCCUUUCCAAAAGCAGUAUCUCAAAUAUAUUUCAGGACCAUAAUCACAUUGUUUCAACCAUAAGGAAAGAAGUCACACUGCAUCCUAGGAUGCUAUACAGCAUUUUCUAAGCAAUCAUCAUAUCACAGCUGAUUCAGUGCAGUGUGAUCAAUAUGGGAUGUCACACAGUGACAGCAUUUUAAGAUACAAGUAACAUUUAUGCCCUCUAACAAGUACACAUUUAAAUGAGACUGGACUCCAAGUGGAAGGGAAUGAUGGAUCCACGUAGAAAUGUAGUGGAAUCCCAAUUGUCCCAAAUGUGAUCACUUAAUUGUAUUUCAAAAAAUUGGGGGAAUUUCAGCACCCAAGGAAAAUAGGGGGAAGCUGAGACUGCUCUACGGCUCUUCACAAAGUGUAACAGGCACACAAGUGAAUGAGGGAGGAUCGUCUCCCAAAGGCUCACCAAAAACCUAACAUUCCACAAUAGGGCUGGUGUUUUGUAGGGGGGGGGAAAAAUAUUACUUGGGUCUAAUUGUGUUCCCCAGAUUGACAUUACAUUAUAGAGCAUGCCAGCAGAACGCAAAAGGAAAAAGUACUACCUGAAGUAGAGAAAGCUUUAUUCAUAAUUACAAAAAUAGACUUUGAAAAUCUUGUAUGCCGACUUUUUUUUUGCAAAAUAAAAAUAAUAAUAAUAAUUAAAAAAAAAUCUCCCUCCAGCGGUCUGGCAGACACUAAUAAAUCAAGAGUCCAAGGGCCCAAAACUUAGAAGUCCCACUGAUAAGAUACAUCUCCUCUAGCUUGCAGCCAAGCAUUUUUAGCUGGAGUUAAGCUACUCUCUCUAGCCCAGAGAGCGAGACCAAAGAAGACCCCAACCUCACAGUCUUCACAGUGGUUCUGAGUUGGUAUGCAGUUGGUAAGGGAGGAGGAACCGGUUCUCCUGGAGCCACCAGCAAAUCAAAACACUGCUGUCUGUUAGUAUUCAAGCCCUCCCACAAAAGCCACCAUCAUCUGACAUACCUUUAAAGUAGACAACACUUGCACAAAUGCAGGAAUGUCCGGAGAAAAGUCAGUGGAAUGAUCAAAAAAGUAGAUUGGAAUGAAAAUGUCUGGUUUUGUAACUUUUAGGAACUCUGAUGGGAAUCAAAGAAAGUAGAAAACCCAAACCCACCAACUUUUCUUUGCAGCUCAGCUUACGUACACUUUAAAAAAAAAAAAAAAGGAAGAAAAUGCUGGAAGAGACUAACUCCCAAGAUUUAAUUUAGGACUAACCUGUUGUGUUCUUGCUUCCCGGGACUGGAAGCGUCUGCUUCUCUCAUAAUCUCUUACAAUUUGUCUCUCGGUGUUAAUAGUUGAUUGGCACAAACAUUCUCCCUACAGUGGAGCUAACCCUGCAGAGUUAAG